AUGUCAAGUCCUCAUAUCCUGCAUGUUGCAGGAAUGAAUGGAUGCGGCUUUUACAAGCGCAUCACGGGAUGUCUCGGCUCCCUCUCUCUACUCUUCCCCAACCGCCUCAAGGUUGUCGAGCACGAAUUUGAUGACAAACCUGCCUUUCGUCAAUGGUUGGUCGAUGAUGGCUUUCGGAACAACUUUGGGACGGAAGCUGGCAAGAAGCACGUCAGCAGUCCCGUUGUUUGGUUCUCCAAGACCUCAAAAGAUGGAGAUCCGGAUCCAGCAGAUAUUGAAAAGUACUUGGGUGGUCACGAUGCUGCCAUGGAGUGGGCUCGUGGGUUCAUGACACCUUCUGACAUUCAAAAGUCUCCCAUUUUGAUGCAAGACGAUGGACAUAAGGCCGAUCACGGAUACGAUUACGAUUUGGUAGUGAUUGGAGGAGGAUCUGGUGGUAUGGCGGCGGCCAAGGAGGCUGCGGAGCUUGGAGCCAAGGUUGCCCUCUGUGAUUUUGUCAAACCAUCGCCCAUGGGAACCAAAUGGGGUUUGGGAGGAACCUGUGUCAAUGUCGGUUGCAUUCCCAAGAAAUUGUAUCACAUUGGUGCUGGAGUAAAAGAGAGCAUGGAAGCGGAUGCUAGACACUUUGGUAUCGCGGUCGGUGCUGAUGUCAAGCCAGAUGUCAUGGACGAACUUCCUGGAGUCGAGACGGUGUCCCACUGGAAGACCGCUCGCAUGAACAUUCAGAAUUACAUUCGCAGUUUGAAUUUCAAGUACCGCGUCCGUCUUCGUGAAAAAUCGGUCCAAUACUUGAACAAACUUGCCACUCUCAAGGAUGCUCACACCAUUGAAGUUGCCGACAAGAAGGGAAAUAAGAGCGACAUCACGACGUCGCGUGUCUUGGUGGCUGUUGGUGGUCGUCCUGCCCCCUUGGAUUGUGAGGGCGGUGAACUUGCCAUUUCCUCCGAUGAUGUUUUCUUUUUGGAAAAUGGUCCUGGAAAGACCUUGUGCGUUGGCGCUUCUUACAUUAGUUUGGAGUGCGCUGGAUUCAUUGCCGCCAUGGGAUUUGAUACUACCGUUGCGGUCCGAAGUAUCCUGCUGCGUGGGUUUGAUCGCGAAUGUGCCGACAAGAUUGGGGAAAACAUGAUGAGCCAUGGGGUCAAGUUCAUUACCAAGGUGACUCCCACCAAGUUGGAAAAGGUGGAGAAUGAUCAAAUCAAGGUUACCUUCUCGGAUGGUUCCUCGGAUACCUAUGACACUGUCUUGGGUGCCAUUGGACGUCAUGCGGAUACGGACAAGCUGGGAUUGGAAAAUGUUGGAGUCAAGACUAACCCAAAGAAUAAGAAGAUUUAUACUAAAUUUGAGCAAACGGAAACCCCCAACAUUUACGCUGUCGGUGAUGUCAUGGAGGGAUGCCCCGAGUUGACACCAGUCGCCAUUCAAGCUGGUGUUGCCCUUGCUCGUCGCUUGUUUGGAAAUUCCCAAGAACCAAUGGACUAUGUGAACAUUUGUACCACUGUAUUUACACCAUUGGAAUACUCCUGCGUGGGAUUAUCGGAAGACGAUGCCAACGAAAAGCUUGGUUUGGACAAUGUUGAAGUCUAUCACCGAGAAUUCACUCCCUUGGAGUGGUCCAUUUCGGAGAAGCGACAGCUUUACGGAAAUGCCUUUACCAAGGUGGUGGUGGACAAGACGGAAAAUGAAAAGGUCCUUGGUAUUCACUACUUGGGACCCAAUGCUGGUGAAGUUAUGCAAGGAUAUGGAGUGGCCAUGAAGAAGGGAGUGACCUUCAAGGAACUCACCGAAACGGUUGGUAUUCACCCAACCAGUUCGGAAGAGAUCGUCUCACUUUCCAUCACCAAGAGCAGUGGCGAGGACGCCGCUGCUGGUGGAUGCUGA